AUGGUUAAACUAACUACAGAACUCAUACAAAAUUCUAUGCAGUACAUGAAUCCUUGCAGAGACCGAGAAUUAGAUCUUAGAGGUUACAAAAUUCCACAAAUAGAAAAUUUGGGAGCUACUUUAGAUCAGUUUGAUAUCAUUGAUUUUUCUGAUAAUGAUGUGAGAAAACUUGACGGGUUUCCUCUAUUGAAAAGAUUAAAAUGUUUAUUUUUUAACAAUAACAGAAUUGUGAGAAUUGGUGAGAAUUUGGAGCAAUAUUUACCAAAUUUAGAGUCAUUAAUUUUAACGAACAAUAAUAUUAGUGAACUGGGAGACUUGGAUCCUUUGGCAACUCUCCCUAAACUUAAAACUUUAUCACUGAUGCACAAUCCAGUUGCAAAUAAACAGCACUACAGGGCCUAUGUAGCUUUUAAAUUGCCAGAACUAAGAUUAUUAGAUUUCAGAAAAAUUAAACAAAAAGAAAGAGAUGAAGCAAACACUUUAUUUAAAAGCAAAAAAGGCAAAGAACUACAAAAAGAAAUUUCAAGAAAAGCAAAAACAUUUGUACCUGGAGGAAACAUGCCUGAUCCAAAAGUUACAAAUCUUAACCCUCAAGAGAUUCACAAGAUCAGAGAAGCUAUCAAAAAUGCUUCAUCAUUGCAGGAGGUUGAAAGGUUAACAAGGAUGCUGCAAUCAGGGCAAAUUCCCGGACAGAAGCCUUUACAACCACCUUCACAGACCAAUGGUCAACAAGAUGAAGAUGAAGAAAUGGAGACUGAUCAAGGAGGAAAUAACUAA